AUGUCCUCAAUCGAAGCGACUCAAGCCGCGCCGGACAGCGAGAAGGCGGCAGUCAUCACCACAAGCUCACCCGACCCUAACCAACUCCAUGUUGUGUCGCGUGGCAGCGAGACCACAAAGCAUCUAGAAGAUAUCGAUGGCCAGAUCGUUGGGUUCGAUGCCUCGUUGAUGGCAGCUCGUACUGCUCUCAGCGGUGAGGAAGAGAAGAGACUGUUGAGACGAUUGGAUUGGCGCAUCUUGCCGUUGAUGGCGCUGAUGUAUGUCGUCAAGAACAUUGAUCAGUCGAACAUGUCGAAUGUGCUUGUCAUGAAUAGGGGCACACCACGGAACAUUCUGCAGGACCUUCACAUGACGAGCAAUCAAUUCAACUUGGUCAACGUGGCUUACUACGUUCCAUACAUCAUCGCAGAGGCUCCAUCGAACCUCCUGUUGAAGUACUUCAGACCAUCUGUCUGGCUGUCAAGGAUCAUGGUUACAUGGGGCUUCAUGCUAUGCCUACACGCUGUCGUGAGCAACGCAGGAGGAUUGUUCACAGUCCGUGCUUUAUUGGGGCUCUUCGAGGCAGGUCUCUGGCCAGGCUUGCUACUGCAGCUAUGCUACUGGUAUCGACCGGACGAGACACCCAAGCGAGUCGUGAUCAUCACCGUCUGCGGCAACUUCAGUCCCGUCGUUGGAUCGGCGUUGGCCUAUGCUUUCAAUGGGGUUGCUGCUCGUGGCAUGGCGGGAUGGAAAUGGCUCGUCUUGACGGAAGGAGUGUUCACAAUCGUCCUCGGCAUUGCGGUGUUCUUCCUGUUGCCCGACUUCCCUGCCAACGCCAAAUGGCUGUCCGACAAGGAGAAAGCCUUUCUCCAAGCUCGUUUGCCCUCGAACUCGCCCCGAGACAUGGAAAAGAACUUCAGCUGGAAACAGUUCGUGCAGACUAUUAAGGACCACAAUCUGUGGCUGUUCCUUGUGACUUGGUCUCUGUUCACCAUUGGCACGGCUGGACUUCAUUUCUACCAACCCACCGUUAUUGCAAAUCUGGGUUUCACAACAUUGGCCCAAGUCCAGCUCCUCAAUAUGCCGCCCUCAGUAUUCGCAUGCAUUGUCACCGUCUUUGGGGGCUGGCUCGCGUCCACAACAUACGUGCCUCUACCCAUCGUCCCUAUCAUCUGGAUGCUCAUCAUCGAAGCCUGCUAUGCGGUGCAGUACGUCUAUCCGAACGUAGGUGGCGUAUAUGCUGCAACCGUCAUUGCUGGAGGUUUUCGAUCAGCUUGGGAGACAACAAUGUGGCCCUGGCGCUUCCAAACACUCUCCGGUGCCACCGGAUCUGCCUUCGCCCUCGCCCUCGUCAACAGCUACGGCCAGAUUGGUGCGGCCAUCGGUCCACACAUUUUCAACUCCCGUUUUGCACCUCGCUACACAACCUCCUUCGCCAUUGGAAUGGGGUUCGUCGGCCUAUCCAUUCUGAUGGCAGCCGUGACGUGGUGGGUGACGUAUCGGGUCGAGGUCGAUACCAGGAUCCUCCGUCGAGCAAGACUUGCGGCUAGGCAGAGGAAUGAGACCGUGUUGGAUGAUGUUGAUCUCAAUGCCGAUAAGAAGGUUAGGUAG